UCCAGGGAGGACGAGGGGAGUGCGGGCCCGCGCGGGAUCGAGGCGGCGGCGAAGAAGUAGCAGCGCGCGCGCGAUCCCCUCUCGCGCUCUCCCCCGGAAUCGUGAUGCAUCGAGACUCGUGUCCGCUGGACUGCAAGGUUUAUGUUGGUAACCUUGGCAACAAUGGCAACAAAACUGAAUUGGAGCGAGCUUUUGGCUACUAUGGGCCACUGCGGAGCGUGUGGGUGGCUAGAAACCCUCCCGGCUUCGCUUUUGUGGAAUUUGAAGAUCCACGAGAUGCAGCUGAUGCAGUAAGAGAGCUAGAUGGAAGAACGCUGUGUGGGUGCCGCGUCAGGGUGGAGCUGUCCAAUGGUGAAAAACGGAGUCGGAACCGUGGUCCGCCUCCUUCAUGGGGUAGGCGCCCUCGAGAUGAUUAUCGCAGAAGAAGUCCUCCUCCUCGCCGCAGAUCACCGCGAAGGAGAAGCUUUUCUCGUAGCCGCAGCAGGUCCCUCUCCAGAGACAGAAGAAGAGAGAGAUCGCUGUCCCGGGAAAGAAAUCAUAAGCCUUCCCGUUCCUUUUCCAGGUCUCGUAGUCGUUCUAGGUCAAAUGAGAGGAAAUAAGACUUUCGGGAGAAGCUGUGUACAGGAAGUCAGAUCUGAGGACAGGAAGAGGAAGAGUAUGUACAGAACACUGUUUUGUUUGAGACUUCACAAAGCUCAGAGCAUUUUAAAAACAUUUUAGCUGUUAAACUUGCUUUGUUUCUUGUAUCUUGUAACAGGUGACAGAUGUAAAGAUGUGAAUCUGUAUAUGGUUCUGAAGAGAUCAUAUGAUUUGUAAUACUACUAAACUUAGUGCUUUACAAUGUACCCUUAUGCAUAAUUUCUAGUUGCUUAGAAUGGUACUUGGUUUGUACCACAUAGAUGGAAGAAUGUUUCUGGUUUCUAGUGCAUUUUGGAAUCUUUUUGCUGGGAAUCUGUAAGUUUUGAAACCUGCAAUGAAAACAUUUUAAUAUUCAUUGCAGCAUUUUUUUCUAACCAAACUGAAUUCAGCCUAUGCAGAGCAAGAAGCGUCUGCUUUCCAGUCUGGUGGGGGGAAGAGAUGGAGAUGCAAACCAAUAAAAGGUUAAGGGAAUGAAUGAAUUGCAGUUGGUGUUAUCCAAAGCUCCUUAAGUUGUAACAUGUAUUAGCUGGAACAGCUACUUGCCACUAUGUGAAAUGUAGUUUUUUUUAAUCCCAUGGGUCAUUAAAUUCUGUAUUUCCUGCGAUUAGAGCACUGCUUUUAAUAGAUGAUUGUCUAACCAUCCAGUCCAGAGUGUUGAAGCAGACCAAAUUAUACAAUAAAACUGACAACUGGAGUGGAUGGUUUCAGUGUGUAAUGGUACAUUGUAAGUGUGAGAAAUAACAUUUCUUUACUGUACAAGAAUUUUCAUGUCACUUGUAAAAUGUUUUUUGUGAGAUUCUUGGGAUUAAAGUUUUGGUUACAAA